CGAGUAGCUGCCAUGGUCUAUAUACUAAUUUGGUGAGUAGGUACCAUACUCUGUGAUCAUCAUGUCCAAAAACAGGGCCAUGCCUGGAGGCCGUGAGGCCAAGCCAAGUAAAGUGGCCCGCCACGGCGAUUGGCUGCAUAUUCGAAUUUCAUCUGUGCUACCGUCCAGGUGUUGCAAUGAUGGCAUUGCGGACGUUAUGAAUCGGACUCAAUUGGUUAUGAACGCUGACAUGAUGAUCAACACACGACCAGGCACGCCCCAGCUUCCUCCUGUCUUGAACGACAUGCGACCAGCCAGCCAGCACUGUAUGGGGACUGGACGCUCCGCUGGCGCUGCAAUCAUCCGCCAGCAGUUGACAAAGGCCUGCCUUCCUCACCAGCAACACUGGACCGACAAUCAUCAAGCUGGAGUCGCAGGCUUGUUGCAGCGCAUCUCCACCUCCGCAAACUCAGGUCGCAGACUCGCAGCAGCCGUGCUGACGAACCCUGGCCAGUGGGCUCGGAGCGCUUAUGUACCACCCCUGGAAACUGGGCUGGUCGCAUCGCUAAUAUUGACGCAACAAAACGCCAAAGAGACACGCUCCAAGCCUCACGACGCUCACUUUUCGUGUCGUCGCCGCGUUCGAGCUAUUUUGACGGUGCCGACUUGGCCGUGUCUUGCCACGGAGACGACGACCGCGCUAGAUUACGUAGCAAUCCGUUAAACGUUCCCCCGAGGUCUUAUGGACAUUCAUCAUUCAUCGACUGGAAGUGCACUUACUAGUUGCUUCUGCAAGCUGCUUCCAGCCAAGCGGCCAUGUCGGGUAGCUCGUGAGUCGUAGGCUCAGCCCUACAAGAACCGAUGCUGUCCAGAAGUUCCAGAACUUCACGUGUCAAAAAGAGAUAGUACUGUCAGACGGUCGCCUGAGAAUUAACAAAUGACCU